AUGAAUUCGUUGGCAAACGAAUGGGCAUCGGAGCCAGCACUGACUGUUGAACCAGAAUCAGAAACCAGCGUUGUUAACAUGGAUUUUAUUGAACUUCCUUCAACUGUCAAAAUGCUCCGACAAAAUCUUCUUAAUCCUACUUUAUACUCUGCAAGACAUUGCCCGGAAUUACUGGAACACGCUGAGAAAGCAAGCGAAACAUGGGCCUUGAGAAGAAAAAUUCAUGAACUGGAAUUCGACUUAUCUACAGGAGCUCUACUUCUAAGCGAUGAGUACAAAGAUCACAUGAAGAUGUUAACCACUCUAGGUUAUGUUGGCAAAGACAACAUUGUUACUUUCAAAGGACGAGUUGCUUGUGAAAUUCAUCAUCGGGAAAUUUUAAUCGCUGAGCUUUUGUUAGAGAAUAAGCUUCAUGAUCGUAGUCCUGCAGAAGUUGCAGCACUGCUCUCAGCUUUCACAUGUCAAUACAAGCAAGGUGAUGGAAUCAAGUUCAACUUGGACACUGACGAAGGAAAGCUUUUCUAUCAGUUGAAAAUGGACGUUGUUGAUUUGUCAGAGAGGAUUAAUAAACUUGCCUCUGACUUGAGGCUGAAGAUUAUGGAAGUUGGAGAUGAAGUUCGCUUCGACUUGGUCCCAGUUGUUUAUGACUGGGCCAUGGGAAAGCCUUUCUCUGAAAUUAUGAUGAAAACUGAAUGCCAAGAAGGACUGAUUGUGCGUUGUAUCCAGAGAUUGAGUGAACUGUGUAAAGAUGUACGGAAUGCUUCACGAAUCAUUGGUGAUCAAGAUUUAUAUGAGAGAAUGGAAAUGGUCUCAUCAGCGAUCAAGAGAGACAUUGUCUUCGCUGCCAGCUUGUAUACAACAGUUUGA